AUGCAGCCAGUGCCGAUGCAUCUCAAGCUCGCGUUGUGUGCCUGGAGGCAGCAGGGCUGGCGCUCCAAGGGGCAGGGAGUGCAGGCGAAAGAGUCGAGGUACGAUGAGUUCUUCUCGAACCUUGACGAGGGGAGGCACGUCGCCCGGUCUGUCUCGGAUGUCCUGCCCGUAGCAGGCUCUCGUUACCUCGCGGGCGAUCGAUGGAACGUGCGAGCGAGCGCGGACAAGACAAGACAUGGAGACGCGAAGCUGACGCACAUCACCGCGUACGCCAUGCUCCCGGCACUACAGGGAGCGCGGGGCAACCACGUGCACAGGAUGGAGGAGGAGGAGAACGCGGGGCAUGCUCAUGGCGGCUCCAUCUCUCUUGACAACGGGCUGACCAACCGACACCUGCCGUCAGGGUGCGUGGGAGGAGGGAGAGGGGAGGAAGGGAGGAGGAGAAUGGGGUGA